AUGGCACCUAGUAAGCGUUGGAUGGAACUUGUUGAUGACCGGCUUAAUGAAUCGUAUAAAAUGGGGGUUAAAUCUUUUAUAGAUUAUGCUUUUGAAAGAACAAGAGAGGACCUUAAUAUUAGGUGUCCAUGCAUCAAAUGUAUGAACACACUUUUGGGUACUCGUGAAUCAGUUUUCUCCCAUCUUAUUGUCCACGGAAUACUGGAGAACUAUACGUUUUGGUAUCACCAUGGGGAAAGAUCCGGAGAGCCUCAAUCAGAAAGUGAAGGUGACAAUGAUGAAGAAUCUGGAGAUGAAGGCGAGGAUGACAUGCAAGAAAUUCUAAGGGACUUCUACCCUAACUUUUGUGAUGUUGAUGCGAAUGAUGCUCUUAGAGAGGAACCCAAUACCGAAGCAAAGCACUUUUAUAUGUUGCUAGAAGAUUCUCAACAUCCUUUAUAUCCAAAUUCUAAAACCUCAAAGUUGUCUGCAUUGGUAAAUUUGCUUCAUAUCAAGAGCCUUGGACGAUGGAGUAAUGAGUCAUUUAGCAUGCUAUUAAAGUAUCUUAAUGAAGAAUUACUUCCUAAAGGGUCUUCUUUGCCUAAUUCAUACUAUGAUGCAAAGAAAAUAAUCAAGGCACUUGGACUUUCCUAUCAAAAGAUUGAUGCUUGUGACAAUAAUUGCUUGUUGUUUUGGAAGGAUGAUAAAGAGGCCAACUUCUGUAAAAUUUGUGGCACUUCAAGAUGGAAGCAAAAUAAGAAUAGUGGUGAUAACCAGCAUAAGAAAAAUGGGAAGAAAAUACCAUGCAAGACAUUACGAUAUUUCCCAUUAAAGCCCAGACUUCAAAGAUUGUUUAUGUCGAGGAAGAUAUCUCCUUUCAUGAGAUGGCAUCAUGAACAAUGUAAAGAUGAUGGUAUGUUGAAGCAUCCGGCAGAUUCAAUGGCUUGGAAACAUUUUGAUGAGCUUCAUGAAUCAUUUGCAUCAGACCCUCGUAAUGUGAGGCUUGGCCUUGCUAGUGAUGGUUUUCAACCAUUUACAAAUUCGAAGACACCAUAUAGCAUUUGGCCUGUUAUACUCAUUCCAUAUAAUGUUCCACCAUGGAUGUGCAUGAAGCAAUCAAAUUUGAUUCUAUCGACCCUUAUUCCGGGUCCUGAAGGUCCUGGCGAUGCAAUUGAUGUCUAUCUCCAACCUUUGAUAGAAGAGCUAAAGGAGUUAUGGGAAAAUGGGGUUGAGACAUAUGAUGCAUCAACUGAGAAAAAUUUCCAAUUACAUGCUGCUUUGUUGUGGACUAUCAAUGACUUUCCUGCAUAUGGAAAUUUGUCUGGAUGGAGCACUAAGGGAAGAUUGGCUUGUCCUUGCUGCAAUAAAGAAACUUCUUGGAGAAGAUUAUCUCACAGUGGCAAACAAUGUUUCAUGGGACAUCGUCGUUAUCUUUCACCAACUCAUAGAUGGCGAAAUGAUAAGAAAUCAUUUGAUGGAACUAGAGAGAAAAGACGACCACCAAAGCCUAUUUCUGGUCAUGACAUACUCGAACAAGUACGCAACCUUGAUGGGAUGAUUCUAACCAAGGAUCCUAAUAAAAGGGUCAAAAUAUCACAUAAAAGUAGGGGUGAUAAUUGGAAUAAGAAGAGUAUCUUUUUUGAACUUCCUUACUGGGAUACUUUAUUAUUACGACAUAAUUUAGAUGUUAUGCACAUCGAGAAGAAUAUAUGUGAUAGUAUUCUUGGCACAAUCAUGGAUCUCAAAGGAAAGACCAAGGAUACCCUAAAAUCUCGGCUUGAUUUGCAAGCUAUGAAGAUAAGGAAAGAAUUACACCCAAUCAAGCAUGGAGAUAAAUAUAAAAUACCAUUGGCGUCUUACACAUUGUCUACUGAAGACAAACAUAGAUUUUGUCUUUUCCUAAAGGAUUUAAAAGUCCCAGAUGGCUUUUCAUCCAACAUUUCUCAUUCUGUCAACCUUAGAGAUCAUAAAUUUUCUGGUUUAAAGAGUCAUGAUUGUCAUGUUCUUUUGCAACACUUGCUUCCCCUUGCGAUGCGUGGUCUUCUUCCUAAAGCAGUUUAUGAACCACUUCUCGAGUUAUCUACAUUUUUCAAUGUUCUUGGUGCUAAAGUAUUGAAAGUAGAGGAGUUAAAACAAAUUGAUGCUCAAAUACCUAUAACACUUUGCAAAUUAGAGAAGACAUUCCCUCCUUCAUUUUUCGAUAUAAUGGUUCAUUUGCCUAUACAUUUGCCUACUGAAGCUAUGAUUGGUGGUCCUGUGCAAUAUCGGUGGAUGUACUUUGUAGAACGAACAAUGUACACUUUGAAGUCUCUUAUACGUAACACGGCUCGUCCAGAGGGUUCAAUUGCAGAAGGCUUUAUUGCAAAUGAAUGCAUGACCCUUUGCUCAAGGUACUUAUCUAGCAUAGAAACAAAGUUUAAUCGCCUCGAGCGCAAUUAUGAUGGUGGUGCUGAUGAUGCUAUUGGGGAGAUUAAAAUUUUUUGCCAUCCUGGACGAGUUUUAGGAGCAAGGAAAAUAUGUGAUCUUAGUAUGAGAGAGAUGGAACAAGCUCAUGUAGAAUUUUCACAAAUUGAAGCAGGUAGUCUACAUAAUUUGUCUAACAAAGAAUGGGAUGAACACUUUGUAAAUUGGUUCAAUACUAGAGUAACACAAUUGCAUAAGGAUGACAAUAGCAAAACGAUGGAAGAUUUGUUUUCAUUAGCUCGUGGUCCUAGUCAAUAUGUUACAAGUUUUAAAGGGUAUAUCUGUAAUGGAUAUAGAUUUCAUAUAGAAGAUCAUGAAAAGGGCCUUAGGACACAAAAUAGUGGAGUGGUCGUUGUUGGUGACAAUGGCAUAGAAGCUGAAAAUAUUGAUUAUUAUGGUGUUUUGUCUGAAAUUCUAGAAAUUCAAUAUCUUGGCGGAAGGCGAGUGAUGUUGUUCCGUUGUAAGUGGUGGGAUGUAUAUGAUAAAGUAAAAGGAAUUCAAGUUGAUGAGUAUGGGAUUAUAAGUGUCAAUUGUCAACGAUUUUUAAAAACAAAUGAGCCAUUUGUAAUAGCUAGCCAGGCCUCACAAGUUUUCUAUGCCAAAGAUAAUAAAAAUAAAGGCUGGUGUGUCGUGCGAAAGACCCAACCUCGUGAUCUGUAUACAUUUCCAUUGCAAUCGGAAGACGAGGUUGAAUCAGUGGACCUUGGACAUGAAGCAUAUCAUCAAGCAGAAUCUUUUCAACCGAGAUUUGUAGAUCGUGAUAUAGAAGAACAGUUCAAUUGGAGUAGAAGUGAUUUGGAACCAAUAACUGUGGAUCCAAAACCAGUGGAAGAGAGAAGGACAAGAAAAAGAAAGAUGACAUAA